AUGGCGACCAAAUUUUCAAAAUCACAAAAUUUCCAAGGAAAACUAACCCUAGUUUUCUUCCCCAAAAUCAAACACCUUCCCUUUUUCAUUUUCAUCUUAAUCACUUCGCUACUUCCUUCUUUCAUUUUGAUUUCGCUACGUCGAUCUCCAAUUUCUUACCCCACUCACUCUCUGAAUAACCCUAACCCGCACUCCCCAAUAACUCUAUUCGCUGUUCACUCUGUUAGUCCCUUUCGGCGGCACGAUUUACUCCGGCAUAGCUCAGUUUACUCAUUCGAUGAGUUAAAAAGAAAGUACAGAAGCAGCAGGCAAAAGGAUAGGAUGGCUAAGUACUAUGAUAUUGAUGAUAUUAUUAUGGAGGAAGAGACUGUGUCAGUUAUAUUUCAGAAGGCUGCAUCUGGAGUGGGAAUAGAUCCCAGUUCUGAAAUGGACUUUAUUGAAACAGGUUCAAAAGUUGAACUGCCUUUUUGGCUAGCUCACGAGUUACAGCUGAGACAGGCAGUAUCAGUCAAUGUUCCCUCUUGUUUUGAUCAAAAAACAAGGCUAGAGAUCCAAGCUGAUUCGGCAGGUGUGGAUCUGCGGUCUAGAUGUCCAUUCUUUUAUGAUUUUGGUUGCAAGAUAGCGCCUAUAGUUGGCGACCGAACCAUUGGCUUUCUAUUGUUGUCUGCAUUUAAGAGUAGGUACAAGGAAAUUCUCACCAAGGCACAUUCUGUAGCAUUUGCUGCAGGUUCCAAAUUUUGGACUAUUCUGACAAAAGAAGAGAUCAACUUGUAUGAAACAGCUCAAUCCGCAAUGGCAUCCUUCAAGAAGUGGCGAAUGGGGGGGCCCAGAUUUCAGAUAGCUGCUGUUCUGGGAAGAAAGAGAAAAUCCACUGAAUAG